AUGGCUACCAACGGCCACACGACCAGUGAUCUACUAUUGCAACAAGGGCAAGAACGCCUGUACAAGUUAUCAGAUUCCUCUCCCAUAGACGCUCUCAAGGCGCUGUGUUUCCAAAAGGCGACCAAACAAGAAUAUCCCCUUGCGGCAGACAUCAGGGAAAACGUACCUAUCUACAACCUCGCAAAGUACUCGACCUUGACUGCAGACCAGAAGGCGGCACUGCAGGAUGAGUGGUAUAGAGUCCUUCUCCAUGGACCAGGAGUCUUUGUCACAUCUGAUCUUUACCGAGAUCUAGAAGUAAUCGACAGAUCAACAGCGGCUUUCAACGAGAUCAUCAAGAAGGAAAGUCAGGGCACAAGAACAGCAGGUGAUCACUUCGCCGGUGCUGGCAAAAAUGAUCGAAUCUGGAACUCUUUCAGCAAACAUGGCCUGCAAGAUCCUGAAUCUUUCUUCCAAUACUUCUCGAACCCCUACCUCGACCUCAUCUUCGCUUCAUGGCUUGGUCCUGGAUAUCGCACCACUACGCAAGUCAAUAAUGUCAGACCUGGAGGACAACCCCAGGUUUCGCACCGCGACUACCAUUUGGGCUUCAUGUCUUCAGAGAGUUGCGGUAAAUACCCUCGAGCUAUGCAAGUCGCUAGCCAAUGCUUGACUCUUCAAGGCGCUGUAGCGCAUGUCGAUAUGCCUCUCGAAAGCGGUCCGACAAGACUCCUGCCGUUCAGUCAAUCUUUCGCUUCGGGCUAUAUGGCGUAUCGCCUACCUGAGUUUAAUGAGUUCUUUCUAGAUAACUAUCUUUCACUUCCAUUGAAGAAAGGCGAUGGUCUAUGGUUCAACCCAGCCUUGUUUCAUGCAGCAGGCGAGAACAAAUCUGCGGAUAUCAAUCGGCUUGUUAACCUCUUCCAAAUAAGCAGUGCUUUUGGGAAGCCAAUGGAAACAGUAGAUGCACUACCGUUGGUAGAAAGUACAUGGAAAGUCCUGUCUUCUGCGUACAAGAGAGAUGGGUUGAGUGACGAGGUUAGAAUGUUUAUCUCUGCCGUGGGAGAGGGGUAUCCAUUUCCAACAAACUUGGAUAAAAACCCCCCGAAGAGCGAAAACAUGGCUCCUGAUUCGGAACAAGACGUUAUCAGAGAUGCUCUGAUGGAGGGAAAGAGCAAGGCGGAAGUCAUGACGGAUCUUCUACAAUUCCGGAUGAAGACCAAAGCUUAG